GAUCUAGCAGGAAUCUCCAUGCCCAUCCCCGUGCUCGGCCUCAGAGAUCACUCCAAAGUCUUCAAAGGAGACAGCUGCCUAUUGACAGACAACAACUUUGUGCUGGUGGGCUCCUUUGUAGCCUUCUUCGUUCCUCUCACCAUCAUGGUAGUCACCUACUUCCUGACCAUAAACGCUCUGCAGAAUGAAGCCACGCUCUGCUUAGACCAGCUGGUCCCUCGACCCAAGUGGAGCACCACCUUCACUUUGAGCUUCUUGCCCCAAGCCUCCGUCUCCUCCGAGAAACUCAUCAGGCGCUCCAUCAGCCGGGAGGUUGGAGGUAGAGGAAGCAGCGGUGGCUUGGGCACGGCUCGGGGGAGCGUCUCAGGCUCACUGUUCGGACGGCGAACCAUGCAGUCCAUCAGCAACGAGCAGAAGGCGUCUAAAGUCCUCGGGGUGGUGUUCUUUCUCUUCGUGGUCAUGUGGUGCCCGUUCUUCAUUACCAAUGUACUGGUGGUGGUUUGUGACCCGGCUGCAUGCAACGCAGGGGUCAUGGGGGGACUGUUGAACAUUUUUGUCUGGGUGGGGUACUUGUCCUCUGCAGUGAACCCGCUGGUCUACACACUGUUUAAUAAAACCUACCGCGCUGCUUUCCUUCGUUACCUUCGCUGCCAGUAUCAGCCAGAGAAGAAACCCCUCCAGCUGAUCCUGGUGAACACCAUCCCGCCACUGGCUUACACCUCCACUCAGCUGCACCUGGGAGACGUCAAGAAGCUACGGAACGGUACAGAUCACUGUGAUGGUGCGGGGAAGGAAUCUGCCCUCCCCGGGAAGGAGACAGACAAACGAGAAAAAACUUCGGGAGACAAAGAUGAAAGCUGUGUAUGAGGAGAAGGGAGAUUAUAUAUUUUGUUUAAAGUCAAUCUGUGCAAACCGUAGUUUUAACUAAAUCUUUGUAUUGAACCUGUGUGCUCACACUGUCCGAGUUCAGGGGUUUGAUAAUGAAAGUUCAAGUGCCUA